ACAUAAAAGAACCGGCUGCAACCCACCACCAGCUCCACUAGUUGUACCGGGGCGCGCACACGGACGCAGAUCAGGAACGCGCUCGCCGAGCCUUUCGCAUUGUCAAAUUCAGCGGUCCAAAACCAUUCAGUCUGCGUAGCCUACUUCAGAUCAAUAAAAGCUGCUUCUAUUAUUAAAUCACAGACUGCAAGUGGUAGCCUAUGCUUGGCUUUCAGAACAUGUUCAUUUGCGUACUUCUUGCUAAAUGAGCUAAAUAUCACAUCCGAUGUUUUACGGCAGGCUUUGGACCUGCCUGUUAUUACUCCACCUGCUAAGGCAUUCAAUGCCCUCCUUAAAGUGAGAGAUGAUUGGUCAUGCAACUGUUCAGACCCUCCUUUUGGUUGGGGCUGGGCUCCUGGCCAAUGCAGCAGUCCUGGAGAAAAUGUUAGGGGAUGCUGAAGGUCCUGCCCCGGGAAGCAGUGUGGACGAAGCUCUUAGGAGUAGCCCUGAGAGGGGGCCCCAUCUUGGAAGCCUGUCCUGGGAGGAGGAGCCAGGUGGAAGGUUUCCAGCUGAAUCCCAGCCAGGCACCACUGAGCAGACCGUGUCUGGGUCCCUGCUGACUGUGGAAAAGGCCACUGAGAUCAUCUCUGUGGACACAGAGAUGCAGAUGGAUUCAGAACCCAAAGGGGCUACACCAGGGACCAAAGAAAGUGACCAUGCAGGUGUGCCAGGGACCAAAAUAACUGACCGUGCAGCUACACUAGGGACCAAAUCAGCUGACCGUGCAACUACACCAGGGACCAAAGUAGCUGGCCAUACAGCACACAAUCCACAGGCUUCCUCCACGGCUCUGUCUGUACCGGAGACCAGUGGCGGAGAGGCAAGGCUCAGCAGUGCAGAGGAGGCGGGGUCGAGAGAGAUGUUGAGUAUUGAUGAUGGCCAACAAGGGGCAUACUCAACGAAGACUCCCUUCCUCAAGCCACCAGGCCUCCCCACCCAGACCCAGGCUGAAGAGACAGCAGAGUCAUUGGGGCCUUUUCUGACAGGCACUCUCAGCACAGAUGGCCUUGAGCUGAAACUCACAGCAGUCCCAGGAGAUGUUCAGACCUCCACCCCCACAACGCUGGAGGCGCACUUCCCCCUGACCCCAAAUAGUUACCGAGGACCGGCCACUACGGCAGUUGGCCCUCUUCAGCCUAGCCCCCCAGGAGAAGAAAGAGAGCCGGCACCUUCUCAGCCGUUGGAAGCAGAGCAGGGGGUCUUCGACAUUACCAGUGUUUCAGGAGCGUCUCAGCAGGAUGGAGUGCUGGAAAAGGAGGGCGGACCACUCUUUACUGAUCUCGAGGCUGGUCCCACCCCUCUCUCUGGCAGUGUGCGGAUAUCUGCCAGACCGUUGGAUCACACUGUCUCAGAGGACAUGGCUUUUGGAUUGGACAGCGAGGGAACUCUUUUCCCUGAGAACCUCCCCCUGUUGUUUGAACCCUUGGACGAUGUUGAUCCAGAGGUGAUGGCCACCAUGCCCCCUGGUGGUUCCCUGAUGACAUUGCAGCCAUCCAGUGAGAUGCAAUCAGAGGUGGAGCUUGUUGACCUGGCGACUGCUGAUGCGGACCCCUCCAUCUCAGACGAGUCUCUUCCUGCUCCGUCUGACUCGCUCUCCUUGCCGUGGCAGAUGUCUGGCUCAGAGAUCCCCAAUGCUGUGAGCACUCCAGUGCUGCUGUCUCUCACAGCACCCCCUUCAGACUUCCCGCCCAAACACGGAAGCAGGAACCCUGAGGAAUAUGGCGCAGCUGAUGCAGCUACGGAGUCCCAUCCCAUUUUCACCAAUGCCCCACCCCCAAGUGCUACUGGGCAGACCGUCUUGACAACUGUUGCCAAGACAACUGGCCUGUUGCUGCCUAAACCUAUGUCAGGACUGGAAGAACUAGAGUAUGAAGAAGAACAUGAUGAGGAGGAGGAGGAUGAGGACACGGAGGAUUCAGAGGAAGAUGAAAGCCAAGAGGAGGAUAUGGAGCCCCCUGUGCCACCUCCUACGCCCCCCGCAUACAGCCGCAUCCCACGCCCACCUCUGUGGGUGCAGCGCAACCACGGCCUGGUGCGCAGCUGGGUAGAGAAGAUCAGAGAUGAGGCGGGAUACGUGUCUGGGAUGCUGGCACCGGUGGGCAUUGGCAUCGCAGGCGCUCUUGUCAUCCUGGGAAUUCUCUACAGCAUCAGGGCGGUUCACCGCAAGAGGAGAAACAACAUCAAACAGCAGCGGAGGAAGCAGAGACAGAUGACCAGCCGCCAGGACCAGGCUAUGCUCCUGGCCGACAGCUCAGAGGACGAGCUUUAGCAACUGCCUCAGCAGCGCUGCAAAAGCAUCGAGAGGUGAUCCAGCACCCGUGGAGCCAACAUGGCUACCACUGCCAUGCCAGGGCCCCUUUUACAUUUUGACCCCAUAGGAUCCCAAGAUCAAUGUGUUCAGCGUCAACCGUGAGAGUGCUCUGAGGCAUCGCUGUCUUUCUGCUAUGAGCACUGAAGAGAGCAGCAGCCAUGUGGUACAUUAAAGAGAGUGUUUGAUCACCACACCAAAGUUACAGAUUUGAUCAUUAAUGGACCUUGUCCUUGCUGAACAUUUGAUUGUAUACUGUUGGGAAUAUUCAGAAAAUGGAGCCUUUUUUUUCCCUGUUGAACGUCACAAGGAAUAGGUUAUUUGUUCACAGGUAAUACAUGUAAGCAGCUGACUCAAAUUGUUUUUGGUGUUCUGUCAGAUACACUCACUUGCAGCAAGGUGAUGUGGCCAAUCAGAUUCUUAGUUAGCGAAAUCACUGUGCCAGAAAUUCAAUGACACUGCCCUCUAGGAACCAUUAUAUCAUCAAGCAUCUAACUUGCAUAGCUGUAAUGUUUUGCUAUAUUGGAAUUACUGUAAAUGCUUUGUGUAUUAUCACAGCUUAGUGUACAUACUGUAAAUAUGGAUGAGCUUUUUGAAUGUGCAUUUAGACGUAACCUGUUAAUGUUAAUAAUGUCAAUAACAUGUUUAUAACUUGUAUAAUGUUAACUCAUUAUUUUGCCUUCUAGAACAGGUUAUUAGUGACAUCUUCUUUUCAGUUGAAGCAUGAGGGAGGAAGAAUGGUAUUUGAAAGUCUUUCUGUGAUGGCACUCUUAUACUGCUACCGAAUCAGGAGCAUUAUUGUUCCACGGGCAGAGCUACCGAGGUCACACUUAACACUACUAAUGUACACUAACGUGUAAGCUAAUGCGAUUAUUUACUUCUAACUGUAUAACACACGAGGCAGUUGACAAAUAGGAACGCAAAUAUGGUAUGUGUACAUUAACAAAACAUAGAAUUUAAGCCUUAAUUAACUCAAUAGGUUCUAUUAUUUACCAUAGCAGUGUAAUUACCCAUUUUAUAAAGGUAUUUAAUUUAUUAAAAGCAGUUCUAUGUGUAAUGGCUUAGAAUGGGAUAUUUGUGUGGCUAACUGGCUAACUGGAAAAUCUACACAUUGUUUAAAUAACUAGUGUGAGAUGCCAUCAUAGUAUAUAUAUCCAUUAAUAUUCUAUAUUAAUAUUCUUAAAAUACAGUGUAGUGCACAGCCAAAAGGCAAGAGAUUUCCGAACAAGUUAAAUCUACCUAAUCUACAAAUCCGAAACAAUCUACCAUUUAGAAAUGGCAGUGGACCAACCUAAUGAGGUAUCUAGAAUAAAUCAAAACACAUCUUCUGCACUAACCUGCAUUUACAUGUACCUUAAAUGGCUUGGUUCCCACAGGAAAACUGGGGGAUUUUAAAAAAAUCUAUUCAACCCAAUACUUUGCAAAAUGGUCUAUUAUUUCAGUAUUUACUAUGUUUAGGUCAGAUUUUUUAGAACAAAUAAAGAGGACAGGCCAUGUCAAAUUUAUUAGUCUUCAGUGUCCUUGGGGUUUUGGUAUAAAAUUGUACAAUAAAUGGUUGCUACAACGCACGUGGCUUUAGAGAUACAGUAAAAAGGGGAAUUGAAUAGGUGAAGCCAAUUAGACAACUCUUUCGCAACGCAUUUCUCAAUCUGAAGAUGAGGGAUUUUGUUCUAAGCUUCAUGUGUUCUUGACUACAUUCAUGUAUUAUUGUACUUAUUCAUAUUUUGAAGCAGGAAAAAUAACAAGCCAAGGAAAGCCAAUGAAACCAUGACAUGGUAACUAGGUAACAGAAACUUUCGUCAAUCAUUACUGUUUCAAAGGCUACUCCCUCCAGUCAGAUUCCUACCUUUGUAACGAUGUCACUGAAGUUUGACUUGUCCACGCUGAUGUCUCAUUUGCAAAAUUAACCAAUCAAGAACUUGUACAUAAAGGAUGAAAGAUUGAAUAAACCAUAUUUUGGUCGAUUGGG